UUCAGGUUGACGUUUUGCUGAGCUUCCCCGUGGCUGCUGUCAGACAAAGUCAAUAGGAAAUCCCGUGCUGUUCGCAAAUGGCCGCACCUUUGAAAGUAUGCAUUAUUGGCUCUGGAAAUUGGGGGUCUGCAAUUGCAAAAAUAGUUGGAAACAAUGUACAGAAGAUUCAGAAAUUUGCCACAACAGUCAAUAUGUGGGUCUUUGAAGAACUGGUUAAUGGAAGGAAGCUAACUGAAAUUCUAAACCAAGAACAUGAGAAUGUUAAAUAUCUGCCUGGAUACAAACUGCCUGAAAAUGUGGUUGCAAUUCCAGAUGUGAAGGAGGCUGUACGUGGUGCAGAUCUGUUAAUAUUUGUUGUACCCCAUCAAUUUAUCCGUAAACUGUGUGAUGAAAUAGUUGAUCAAGUGCCGCAGAAAGCUCUUGGCAUAAGUCUUAUAAAGGGGAUUGAUGAAGGGCCUGAAGGACUAAAAUUGAUCUCAGAUAUAAUCAGGGAGAAAAUGAAGAUUGAUGUUAGUGUUUUAAUGGGGGCCAAUAUAGCCAAUGAAGUUGCAGCAGAGAAAUUCUGUGAAACUACAAUCGGCAGCAAAAACGUGCAAAAUGGAAACCUUUUCAAAGAGCUUCUGCAGACAUCCAAUUUUCGGAUAAGUGUGGUGGAGGAUGCGGAUACUGUGGAACUAUGUGGAGCACUAAAGAACAUUGUUGCUGUUGGUGCUGGUUUCUGUGAUGGUCUUUGCUGUGGAGAUAACACUAAAGCUGCAGUGAUUCGCCUGGGCCUAAUGGAAAUGAUUGCAUUUGCCAAACUCUUUUGCAAAGGAUCAGUGUCUGAGACAACUUUCUUGGAAAGUUGCGGGGUUGCAGAUGUUAUUACAACUUGCUACGGUGGACGAAACCGGAAGAUUGCAGAAGCUUUUGUAAAAACUGGAAAGACUAUUGAGCAGUUGGAACAGGAGAUGUUGAAUGGCCAGAAACUCCAGGGUCCUCAGACUUCAGUGGAAGUGCACCAGAUUCUCAAACAGAAGGGAAUAGUAGAUAAGUUCCCUUUGUUCACUGCAGUGUACCAAAUUUGCUAUGAAGGCAAGCCAGUGAAAGACUUGAUUGCCUGUCUGCAGAGUCACCCAGAACACAUGUAAACUGCUGAAUUACUUAGUGUUCCUCUUGCAUGGGGCGAUUAUGAGAUAACCACGUGUGGAUCACCUUUUGAAGAGAUCAUGCGUAACUAACUAUGAAGUAGACUGUAUGACACCAAUCGGUCAGAUCAGUAAGUGAGCCUAACUUUCAAUGGAGGUUUCAUUGUAUCGUCAAUUAACGUUUGCAAUGUUGUAAUUGAUUGAAAUAAAUUUACAGUUAAUGCCUUAGUGCGCAAGAGGCUUAAUGAGUGCCUGUUCAUGAUGGAAAUACAAUAGCAGCUGGAUUGCAUGCACAUUGACAUGAUAUUUGAAUAAGCGUUUGUGCAUCAAUUAAUUUAGUUCUUUAAAUGUUGAUCAAGAUGCUCAUGAAAGUCUGUUAUCACUAAUUAUAUUGCUGUAUUACAGAAGAGUGCCCAAUUCUUUUAAA